AUGGCUAUCCUUUCCAAGGUUGCUGGUGUCGCGGUAGCUGCAUUCGUGAGCGCUGUAUCCGCGCAGUCCUUCCAAAGAUUGGGCACUUGCCCAACCCUUGGUAUGGCCGAUUUCCUGGCCGGGCAGUACUUCGACAUCCGUCUGGAGGUCCACGCUCCUAAGAACGGUUCCGAGGCGAUCGGCCUUCCCCCGGAUGAGGCCUUCACCUUCACCAUCGCCAAGGGCGACGGUGUGGCAAAGCCGGUGACCGAGUUCUUUGGCAUUGAGGAUGCGAAGCUUGAGGACUGGACCUUCAGUUACUUUGAGGGAUUAGACUUUUUCGCUCGCGAUGCAAAGACUCCUUCACUCGUCGAUGUGAGAUCCAAAGCUUACCGUCGUCUCGCACUUCACGAGCCCGGCGAGUACACUGCGACCCUCAACUACAACAACGGCAGCAGCACCAAGGCAACAUGGCUCGUACGCGAUCUUGCAGAGGAGCGCAAAGCCAAAAACAUCAUCCUCUUCAUCGGCGAUGGAAUGACCACCAACAUGAUCACGGCUGCCCGUUUGAUUGGUCACAAGACCAUCAACGGCAAGUACCAGACCAGGAUGCAGAUGGACAAAUUCCCCGUCCUCGGCCAUCAGAUGACACACUCGAUCGACUCUUUUAUUACUGACUCGGCCAAUUCCGCGUCCGCUCUUUACACCGGGCACAAGUCGUCUGUGAACGCCCUGGGAGUCUACGCGGAUUCGAGCAAAGACCCUUUCGAUGACCCUAAGGUCGAAACAAUUGCUGAGAUCUUCCACCGUCUUACUGGCGGACACGUUGGUAUCGUCUCCACUGCCUUCCUUGCCGAUGCAACACCGGCUGGUCUUACUGCUCACACGCGUGCGCGCAGUGAGUACGGUGCCGUUGUCGAUUCUUUCCUCAAUGGCAUCACAAACUACACCUGGACAGAGUGGGAUGGUCCUGACGUCCUUUUCGGUGGAGGUGCUGAGCAAUUCUACUCGCCCGAACUUGGUGGCAUCACUUACCAGAACAAGACGUACUACGACGAGUUCGCGAAGAAGGGCUACCAGGUUCUCCAGAACCGCACUGCCCUCUUGUCUGCUCCCAGCAACGAGAAGGCUCUUGGAGUCUUCACAUACUCCAACAUGGCAAAAUGGCUCGAUCGCAACGUUUACCGUGAGAACCUCAACCAAUCGCUAUCUCCCACGGGUGACAAGACGGCUGCUCUUGACCAGCCGGGCCUCAAGGACAUGACGCUCAAGGCUAUCGAUAUUCUCUCGGAGCGGUCUGGCGACAAGGGGUUCUUCCUCAUGUCGGAGGCCGCUUCGAUCGACAAGAUGAUGCAUGUCCUCGACUAUGAUCGCGCUCUUGGUGAGCUUCUCGAGCUUGACGACACUAUCAAGGCCACCGUCAACAAGCUCAACGAAACGGGGUGCCUCAAGGAAACACUUAUCCUCGUGACAGCUGACCACGGCCACGGUUUCGACGUUAUGGGUUCCGUGGAUACCAAGUAUCUUGCCGCCCAGGACGAUCAGCGCAAGAAGCGCAAUGCGAUCGGCACGUAUCAGAACAGCGGUCUGUCGCAGUAUCAGAACACGGGCAAUCUUACCUACGUUGACUCCAACUUCCCUCGCAAUUGGGACCCCCGAUACACUCUCUUUUCCGGGCUGACUGCCAACCCUGACCACCGUGAGAACUACACGGUGCACAAGGACGGUCCGCGUGAGCCGGCUGCUGAACUCGAAGAGGGCUCUAAAGACUUCCAUACCAACCCCGAGGAUGCCGAGAAUGGUAUUGAGAUCAACGGGAACCUGCCUGUGAGCAAUGACCAGGGUGUGCACUCGCUCACUGACGUGCCUGUGUUUGCCAUGGGGCCGUGCCAGGACAAGUUUUCUGGCGUGUACAAUAGCAUCGAUAUCUUCUUCAGCAUGGCGGAAUGCUUUGGUCUCGCGAGGGGCAAGGGUCACUCGGCGGGCAAUUGA